CCCCGCUGGGGGGCAGUAUAAUCUCAAAAACAUAUUUAGUGGCUGAGAGGCAUUUAUCAUAUGGAAUAAAAAUGGUUAAUUAAAUGUUGCACAUGAGAGAAACUCAAGAGAUCAUAAUCAUUAAUAAUGUUAGUCAAGUGCGAGGCGAUCGAGCGCGCGCCUCUGCUCGCCAGCUUGUGGUCUUAAAACCCUGCUUCGUUUAGCCAUUCCUAUGGGAAAAAUGUAUGACGAAAUAUUACAGUUUUGGAAUAAACGUCAAAAAUAAGGUCUGCGGUUAACACAGGAGAGUUUAUACGUUUUUUUUUCUAUGAUAUAAUAGCAUUCAGUUAACAUUACUUUAGCGAAUUAUGAAGCCUUUGUGUGUUUUUUUUAACAUAAAUUCGUCAUAACUCACAAAGUGACGUUAGCUGAUUAAGAUUAUUUUAUAGAAUAAAACGUAUAAAAUGGCCUAACCCCGUGUUUACCACACUUUUUUUCGGCGUUUAUCCAAACACGUCAUUAAUUUUCUCCAUAGGCUUUGUCGAACGAACCAUGGCGGAUUAUAGUGCCUACAAAAAGACGCCAUUACUAUUUCUGUCUAUGCAGGUGUCUCAUCGCAGGUGCCUGUCCAGUGCAGACCUUCAACACUGGGUUUUCACUUGACUUCGUAUUCUUUUCCUGUUCUCCUCAAGUAGGCUUGCCUAAACUAUUUGAUUUAGUAUUUUUUUUGCUUUCUAAAACAUUAACCAUGUAUUUUUCAGACGUGUCAAAACUUUGGAUUGUUGUCUGCUUAAGAGAAGCCAGCUGGUUGAAAACGAUGCGUGAGGUAUCAAAUUAUGCCUGUUGAAUAGGCACACUUGGAGAGGAGGGUAGACCUAUGUUUUUCCGUCACCGUUGGUUACUAUGAGUGACGAGGUAAAGAUGUCGGUGAUGGAAAACAUAACGAAAGAAAGAGGACAAUUGAUAUCGAUUCGCCGUCUUACCAGGAUAAACUACAACUGUACAAGCUGAGGGUAGUCGUUAUUUAUCAGCUAAACGCAUUAUCGUGUAUGGAGUAUGGCAGGUGUUCACAUAUGACAGCAAAUUAUAGUGACUAGUUAGUUUUUCAUUAUAUUGUGAAAUAAAACGGGGGGCUAAUCGGGAACUUCUGAUUGUCAAGAGUUCCCAUCCCUCUUCAACACUAUGGACGUCGUCGACUACAGAAGCGAGUUCAGGAUGUCAGCCAGAGAAGUCAAAGCCUUCCUAGACGCGGACAGAUUCACGGGUGUCGGGGACGGGAUUCAGGAUGAUGUUGAAUAUAGAUUUGUGGAUGUCCUGCUGUUUGGUGGGGCGCCUUGGGGGUUCACUCUGAGAGGGGGUCUGGAGCACCGAGAACCACUGCUCAUAACCAAGGUGGAGGAGGGCAGCAAGGCGGCGACCGUCAGCCUGCAGGUGGGAGAUGAGAUUGUCAACAUCAACACAGUUCCCAUCAGUGGAUCCAGGCAGGAGGCCAUCUGUCUGGUCAAAAGCUCCCACAAGACCCUCGCCCUGGUCGUCAGAAGGAAAAUGAAAAUGGUGGAUAUUGWCUCACAGACCACCAUGCCAUCAGAAUCAGAAACUGACAAACAUGUGGCCAGGAACUUUCUCACCAAGAUAUUACGAAGUUCUAUGAGGAAGAACCGCUUCAAGGGGAGGAAUGAACCAGUCUCCCGGCCCCAUUCAUGGCACUCCUCCAAGUUCACAGAAGACCACCCCGAACCCACAGAGAGUCACAAAGAGCCUCCACCUGCACCCCCACCUCCACCUGUAUGGCAGGUCAAACAUGAAGUCAGUGCAUCCACAAAAGAUCUUUCCAGCUGCAGGGACCACGACUCGAAUCUACGCCAGUUAUCCAGCCAGUUCAGCUCCGUGGGGAAUAUGGAGAGAGUAGAGCGCCUCUCACACCCCUACCCACCAGGAUGCCUCUCCCCUAGCAGGUACCACCGCAGCGCUGAGCCUCUCUCUGGCGGUGGAGGGUCUGGUGGGAAGAGAGAAUCGGCCUUCAGUUGCCUCUCCACUACCAGCCCUCCCCCGGAGCCUGCUCUGGCCCUCGCCAACACUGACGCUGCUGCGACUGAGGGCAGCAUGUUCUAUAAGGGGGUCCAGACACAGACCAGUGAGGAUGGAAGGCCGGGUGAGCAGCGCCACAGCCGGUACCUCCAGCUGCCCCAGGGGGACGGAGGCUUGGAGAGCCCCAGGACAGUCCCAGAGGAGCAGCCUGGCUCCCGCUACUCCAGCUCAGGCUCAGGCAGAUCGCACAUAGGCCCUGUGUGGCAUGUCCCAGAGAGGAGGAGGGUAGCAGCGCCCCCCUCUCCUCCUCCUCCUCCCCUACGCAGUGACAGCUUUGCUGUCACCAAGGUGUACCCUGCCUACACAGAGGGGCCUGGAGCUCCACCACACGGGCAGAUGAAGAACCAGGAACGAGGGGUGGACAGGCUGGCCGGGGCCCCAGAGAACAGCAGCUACAGAGGCCGGGGCAACCAUAUCUCUCAUGAUGAGAACGGGGUAGACCCCAGGUGCAGUUACAACCCUCCACCUCGCAAGAAAGACUUCCUCCACCCAAAUAUAGCAGCAGGAGCACCUGACUACAACCACAACCAGCUCAGCAACCCAAACAAACUGUUCUCGSUGUCUAGCCAGGACGUGAGACAGAGUCAGUCUCCCUUCGCUUGCCUGCCCAACCACCAGCGGCAGUACAGCGACGAAAGCACUUUCUACCUGCAGACCAGGUCCGCCCCACAUCCACCGAAGCCGCAGAGCGUCGGUAGCUACUACCACAGCCUCCAGGAGCUCCCUACCAACAGCAGUAACAGCAGGAACCACGUGAGGUCCUCCACCACGUCCCUGUCCACCUCGACCAUCGACCAGAACUAUGACGGCGGAGGACACAUCCGGUACUACUGCAUCACAACCAAGCAGCCAGCCCAGCCAGAGACUCGUGUUAGACAGAGCAAAUCAGAGGUCUGGAGGGCUGACAUGGAGCUAGCUAAGGGCUCCAAUGACAGGGGCUCCACAAGUUCCUCCCACAAGACCAACAAGGUCAAGUAUCCUCCUAAUCCUCAGCAGCCUUACACCAACAGCAAGGAGCGGAACGGAAAUUUCCAACCGGCCAAUGUUCUGCUUUACGGGCACACAGCCUCUAAUUCCUUAUCCUCAUCUGGUAAACCUACCACUGAGGAGAAGGAGAGGAGGAGUGAGGGCCAGAGACCUUCUACAGAGGGCCAGCUUAGAAGUUCUUACUCUCCCAGUCCGCCCAAGGACCACAAGGCGGCACCACUGAGAGAAGACCCUUGGGUCUCUCAGGAGAACCARAAGAUCUCUUCUCAAAAGACACCCAUGCUCCACAGUCUGGCUCAGGAGAGUAGAAGCCCCAUGCUUCAUUCUCUAGCACAGGAGAGUAAGAGCCUGGUGGAGAACAAUCACCCUGUUACGGCACCACAACCACCACCACAACCACCACCAUCCAACGGCGGGGGAGAAGCCAACCACGCCAUACAGGAGGCUUUAACAGACAACACGGCAACGGGCAAACUGGCGAGACGCAGCGACCGAUACGCCACCACCCUCCGCAACGAGAUCCAGCUAAAGAGGGCCCAGCUGCAGAAAAGCUGCAGCGCUGCCACCCUGACCUGCCCCAGCGAGACGGAGGAGCCAGAGGAAGAGGAGACAGACCCGGGGGGGUGGAAGUCCACCUCCUCCGAUGGCUCCUUUUCCUCCUCCUACAAGGACCACCUCAAAGAGGCGCAGGCUAGGGUCCUCCAGGCKACGUCCUUUAGGAGGAGAGACCUAGAACCUCCCGGGUCAGGGUCGGAGGCUCAGUUAACCAAACCCAACUCACACAUAGURUCCCGCAUUGGCGGCCGCAAGCGUUUCCCUCUGAACAAGAGGGUCCACUCGUUCUCCGAGCCAGACAAGAUAAACAAGCUGGGAGUGGAGGGUGAGGGAGAACAUCCUGUUGGAACAGCACGGUCYUUUGUAGACCGGCGGAAGUUCUUUGAAAUGGCUGAUAAACCUGCCUUCUGCAGACCCAUCUCAACCAUCCACAAGUCAGCCCAGCAGAGCUCCAGCACCACUUCCAGCACUUUGGAGCACGGAGAGGGCAAGGCCAGAGGGAGAUCCCACUCAGGAGAAACUGAGGAGGGCUGGAGGUCAGGCCUGGCCAGUGAGACCUCCAGUGACCACCACCCAGACCCCCUCAGCCCCGCAGGCAGACAGGCCCUACUGGAGCAGCAGAGGCUGGGGACCUUCACUGAGUACCAGGUCACCUGGAACAUGCAGAGGAAGGCUUCAGACACAAAGACCCAGGGGAGGUACCACUCUGCUGACAACAUCCUGGACCAGGGAACAGAGGAGACGCCUGUCUGUGUCCACGAGAGGUCCAGAUCGUCUCCCUCACAAGACUUCUACACACAGAAGAUCCCUGUGCCAUGGAGAGACUCUGUUGAAAAUCUGGAUCACAGACAGGACCAGCAAGGAGGCAGUUACACCACCAGAGGGCCGAGCGAGAGCCGAGAGCAGCCAGCCCAGCUCGACCACUUCCCACAGCCUCCACAACCGUCUAUUCCAAGACUGACCGACACAGAGCCACACAGCAGCAGAGACGUGGCCACCCCCCUCCCUCUCCCUCACCCCUCRGACCACAGAUACAAARGUGACUCUGCGGACCCCGCCCACAACCUCCCCGCUCUCCCCCCGUACCCCUCCAACCACACCCACAGCUCUGUGUCUGAGCAACCACUACCACCUCCAACGCCCGCUCCCAAGCCCCAGAAUACAGGCCUCAUCAUGCCACAUUGGCCUCUCCUAGGCCUGGAAACCUCCUCAACCACAUCCUCCUCCUACGGACUAUCUUCCCAGGAAUUCCUGCCUGGCCCUUGCACCCAUCAGGCUGAACCAUCAUCCAGCAGCUGCUGCUCCCCCCAUGGCACAGAGCUGGAUCCUGCCCCAAACCAAGCCUGCUCCUUGGGCUCCACCCAGCUCCCCUCUCCCUCCCCCGGGAGACCCGCUGGACUGGACACGGAGGAGGGAGCAGCUGAUUCAACACUAGAGCCAUCCUCCACCUCCUCUUCCCACUCUCCUUUAUUCUCCUACCAGCCUGCCAGUCUGACGGUUCCCUCCUCAGGUGGGACUCGUUCUCCCUCUCCUCAGUUUGCUCCACAGAGGCUGACGGACCAGCCCCCUGUCUCUGUGUCUAUGCAGGAUGAAGCCCAGAACAGGCCAGAGAACAGGACGAACACUGUGAUGGAGAUGAGCAAUGUAGGGAAGAAGGUCCCUGUGAAGAUCGUCCAUGCUGAGAGCACCACAGAGAGGGAGAGCCGCCAGUACCUGCUGCACAGCGAGAAAAAUAGGGCCCCUGGAGUUUCAGAGGGGCCCAACCUUCCCCCGCCCCUACCGACCAGCCUGCCCUCCCCUGAGCCGCAGCCCUACUCCCUGUUCCGUGCCUACACACCCUACACACGCCAUGGGCCCCAGAGUCCCCCCAGGGASCCAACCCUCACUGUAGCCCCAGAAGAGGCCCUGUCCCCUGGGCAGUCUCAGACCAACGGACCCUCCGGUACCUCCACCAUGGGUCCCCAGCAGCCUCAGAAGAGUAACUCGGAGGAGGAUGUGAAGAGAGAGGAGCUGGCCAGAGACAUCAUGGACAAGGAUAAGUCCCUGGUGGACAUCUUGGACCAGAGUAAGAUGAAGACCACCAUGGAUCUGAUGGGGGGGAUCUUCCCCCAGGGGGAGCAGAUCUUGGAUGGGGGGCACCAGAGGAGGAAAGUCUCCCCCAAACAGGGAUUG